UCUGAGGAGGGCUGUCUCCUUUCGAGUUCGUCUCUUAGCCUCUGAGUUUGAGACGAGGCUGCUGGAUCUGAACAUGUUGUGACAUCACCUCAGGUACAAUAUUGAAUUGUUUGGGUUGCGUUCCGCUGGAGUCAUGAAGGAAACGCCUCCAUGAUUGAAUCCCCUGUUUCUGUCGGUGGUUCUUCAGUCCUCACGCGUCAGUUGAUUCAUGGAGGAAGUAGGAAGCCACAGUAGCUGACUUCCAGCCGACAGUUGGAGAUCAGGGCAGCGACAACAACAGAUGUUCAGACAUUUUUUUGGGGGUUAAAAUGAAAACUGAACCAACAUCAGCUUCAUCUCCACAUGCGUCAGAUAUCCCACAGUCAUUCUGCUUGUAGAAGUUUCAUGUGGAGCUGGGGAUCGUUGGAGUUUCUCUGAUAUCAGAGCUGAAUCAUCAACUUUAUCUAUAACCAGAGCCUGAUUAACAAUAUCGGCCGACACCUUCACAGACAUAUAUCGGUUUUAUUACGUGAACAUUAUACUGAAUAAACCACAGGGGAAAAAGUGCAUUAAUAUUAUGGUCUUCAUUCAAGUUCUUAAUAUCUAAUUUGUUAGUGUUUUCUUUUUAUCUUUAGCUCUUCACGUUGACAGUUUCCAGGUGGGAAAUUAAGAACAUUUUGGAAAACAUUGAGAACUAUUUAACGUGUGCACACUCUGGACAGAUCAGAGACCAGGCGGGAUGGAGGCUACAAGCACAGCUGGAGCUUCUCUCUCUCUGGUGAAGAGAGGCGGACACAUGAUGCGAGUGUGGUGAGCAUGGAGGAGAUGGACAGGCAGCAGCCGACCUCCCCCGAGGAGAAAAAGGCUCCCACCCUGAGGCACUUCACUUCCUCUGAGCCCUUGAGGACGUAUGAAAACCGGCCAAACAAUCACAUGAGGCCUCUGAGCAAGCUGGCACCCAAAAACCUCAGCGAGGUCCCUCUCACCGUAGCAGCGCCCCCCCCCAUGCCCAACAGAACCAACUAUUUCAUCAUCAGGCCCGCGCCCUCACCAGGGAUCGUUCUGCAAGGACGCCACUUUCAGCACGCACAGAUUCCCUCUGCAAUAAGGAAACCAGUCCAAAGAAAUGACUUCUCCAGCACACAACCAGCUGUAGAAGUGGACAGCAUCGUCCUCACCUGUCCAGAUAUCUCAGACGAUGAGAGUGUGAACGUCAAGCGACGCAUCCAGCAGAAGAGGAAGUCGCUGGACGCUGGUUUUCCUGAGCAGGUGAAAGCAGCGGAGCCUCUCCGGCCGACCAUCUAUCCCACCGUGUGCUUGAGGUGCAACAAGCCGUAUGAGGACAUCAAGUGUCCGAGCUGUGGGAACAUGGCGCCGGUGCUUCCCUGCCAGCAGGCCGCGCUGUCGUCCCCGACCCCACGACCCCCCAUCAGAUCCCAGCCCCCCCCGGGACCAAACAGCCUGCAGCAGAACUUCUACAAACCGGCCACCACCAUGAGGGCGCCGCAGGGCGAGACCAUGCCAGUUCGAAUCUCCAGCAGAGGAACCCUGCUGCCUCUGAACAACGGCAGGGCCCCUCUGUUAGCCGGCACGUCGAGCUGCUGCGGCCCCCGGAACCCCCCCAAGGGGAAGAGGACGGCCCAGCAGCACAAGCUCAACGAUCCCAUCGUCCUGUCCAGCGACGAUGAGGAGGAGGCCGACAGCGGCAGCACAGGAAGCGUCAACCGACUGGACAGCGUGUCCCCGCGACCCGCCGACUCGGCACACUCCUCGCCGGCGCCCUCUGGAGGCAGAGUGGAGGCGGCAGUGAAGAGAGCCGGGGAGCAGGAGGAGAUAAACUCUGAAUUCUUUGAAGACGUCAACAUGAAGGUGACGAUACCACGGAGGUCUCGGAUGAAAGACCAGUUUGGAAAUCAACCUGCUGAGCAGUUCUCACCAAAGACCAAGAAGCCCAAGUGCAUGCCCAACAAGUGCGCCAGCAUCAUACUGGAGUGUCGGAGCGUGAGAGUAGGAACUCUGCGCAGGAUGGUGACCAAACCUGUCGUGUUUUCCAUUGAACACAUCCAGCUGGAAACCGAAGGGGCCGAGCCCGGCAGCGUGGAGCAGGUGUGUCUCCGGGCCUCGGAGCUGAUCAGCUGUGAGUGGUGCAGCGUGAGGAAGCUUCCCGUCCUGUUCUUCCAGACGACGCCGGAGGAGUGCGACCGCCUGCGCUCACAGCUCAACAUGACCCAGGAGGGGGGGGGGCUCUGGUACGACUGCACCGGGGAACAGACGGACGAGAAGUACAUCGUGUUGAUCUUCGAGAACGGCCUGAUGAUGAAGGAGCAGAUGAUCCUGGAGGACAUCCUGGGAGAGAUCGGCCGGACCAACAACCUCAUGAACUUCCCGACCAAGGUUCCCUUCGAAGAGGCCAACAUCCGACUGGUCAACUACAACAAGGCCACGAGGCAGAAGGAGGAUAAGACGAAGCCGAUACCAUCUCCUCCCAGAGUCACGCAGGUCGCACCGCUCUCGAUGCCCGUACGCACACGCAUGUCCACCCGCCAGCACACCAGCACCUGCUUCGAGGACGAGGACGAGGACAUGACCGACCUCCAGCCCACGUUCUCCGGACCAAUCAUCAAAUUAAUGGUGUAUCCUCCUCCUCCAGCCAAAGGAGGCAUAUCAGUCACUAAUGAAGACCUCCACUGCCUUAAUGAUGGGGAAUUCCUCAAUGACGUUAUCAUAGACUUUUAUUUAAACUAUUUAGUUCUAGAGAAAUUGAAAAAAGAAGAUGCACAAAGAAGCCACGUGUUCAGCUCCUUCUUCUACAAGCGCCUGAACCAGAGGGAGCGGAGGAACGUUCCAGACACGACCAACCUGCCAAUCCAGAAAAGGAAGCACAACCGGGUGAAGACGUGGACUCGGCACGUGGAUCUGUUCCAGAAGGAUUUCAUCUUUGUUCCCAUCAACGAGUCAGCUCACUGGUACCUGGCCGUCAUCUGCUUCCCGGGCCUCGAGGGGCCCGUGUACGAGCAGAACCCGCUGUACCCCGGCCCGGCGCCGGCCUCCAGCUCGGCGGCAGAUCCCACAUCAGUGGAGAACAUCCCGGACCACUGCCGCCCUCUGUCCCCGGACGGAGACGGGCUGGACAGCUCCUCGGAGCAGCCGUCCCCCGGCGUCCCCGAGGCGUCUGGAGACACUGACAGCGACCUCGCCAAGGAGAGCUCCGCCUUCACAGACAGGAGGCAGGAGCCGUCCAGCAGCUUCCAGGCCAAUGGAGAACAACAGUAUACAAGCGAGUUGCACAGAAUCAGUGUUUGUUACGGUUCAAACCGAGGAGACGAGGACGCCUUCACCUUCUCUGACGACCAGAGCUCCUGUCAGGACGAGUGCAGUGAGGACGGGACGGUGGCUGAGGACACGCUGGGCGCCGACGUCUCUGGUUUGGCCUCCAAGCAGAACAUCUGCAAACAGCCUUGUAUCCUCAUCAUGGACUCGCUGCGGGGUCCAGCCCGGUCCACCGUGGUGAAGACUCUGAGAGAGUACCUGGAGGUGGAGUGGGAGGUGCGUAAAGGGACUCAGCGCAGCUUCGGGAAGGACGUGAUGAGGGGGUCCAGCCCACGUGUGCCUCAGCAGGACAACUUCAGUGACUGUGGAGUUUACAUCCUGCAGUAUGUGGAGAGCUUCUUCCAGAAUCCGAUCCCCAGUUUCCAUCUCCCAGUGAAUCUGUCCGACUGGUUCCAGCAGCAGCGAAUGAAGACGAAGCGCAAAGAGAUCAAGGAGCUGAUCCUGCAGAUCCAGACUCAACAGGAGCUGAGCAGGGACGGCUCCGACCAGGUCCGGGCUCCACCCGCCUCCUUCGAGGAGCCCGAGAUCAAAGAGACUUCUGGGUCGACGGGCCGCCCACCAAACCUACACAUCAGCCCCUGAAAUGGCCCCCCCCACUCCCCCCCCCCCAGCUCCUCCUCGUGAACCUGAACCUGAUUGUACGCUGCUGGUUUCACGAGGAAACGUCUGAAACGCUCCUGAACUCCCCGAUCACCCACAGACUUCCUUUGAAUUUGUAUUGAAUAAAGAAGAUGAAGUGUAAAUAUGCUGGAGUUUCUCCGCUGCCUUUGUAAUUUACUGUUUUCUGACUCCUACAUGGAAGUGUCUCAUUAAGUUAUGUUUUCAUAGAUGUUGGAGAAUCUGUGCAGAAGAUACUGUUUGGCUCUGGCAUCGUUAUUUUUUAUGCUCAUGCUGUGUAGAAUGAUUUAACUGAAAAAUACACUUAGAGGAGGUUUAUGUUAUUUGUACGUUAAGAAUCCUCUCGUCUGGAAAGUGAGACGUCGUUCGGUGCUUGUUGUGUCUCUUCCAUGUGGAGGUGAUGAGCAGUUUCACAAUUAAAAGCUAAUUUAGAUGCAAGAGUGUUUCUGUGUGUGUGUGUGUGUGUUGUGGCCACAGACUGAAUAAAGUUGGACGACAUGACGGCUCCUGAAAGUGAAGCCAAAGUGUCUCCAUCGCCCCCUGGUGGCUGGCUGCAGUACAGGUCCUCCAUGUUAACAGAUGGGAAAUGGACCAAAGUAUAAAAGUAGACGUUAAAUAAAUGUUUGUCAAAGAUG